UAGAAAAUAAGGAAGAGAGAGAGAGAGAGAGAGAGAGAGAGAGAGAGAGUGCGUGCGUUAAUGUGACUUGAGAUAACAGAGAGGUAACCGAAAACAAAACAAAGCCAAACCCUAGAUUUCUUUCUUACUUGUGAAGGAUUACAAAUUUUUAUUUAUUUUUUAAUUAUAUCUCAUUUCAGAUCCAAAGAUUCUAAGAUCCUGUCAAGUUAUAGUGAUUUCAAAGGGAAAUCAAUAUUUGGGGCUUGGUUUAAAAAUAAGCUUUGAGAUCUUGUGGUGGAUUGUUUUGAGUAGCAGUACGAGUGGUUGUAGUUCAGGUUUGUUAAAGAAAGAGGGUCAAGAUGAUGUCUAGAUCAUAUACCAAUCUAUUAGAUCUAGCUUCUGGUAACUUUCCGGCAAUGGGUCAACCUCGGGAGAGAAAGCGGUUGCCUCGUGUAAUGACAGUUCCGGGGGUUAUUUCUGAGCUUGAUGAUGAUGUGGCUAAUAGUGUGACCUCAGAUGUACCUUCAUCGGUAGUUCAGGACCGGAUAAUCAUUGUAGGGAAUCAGUUGCCGGUAAAAGCAAAGCGCAGACCGGAUAAUAAAGGAUGGAGCUUUAGUUGGGAUGAGGAUUCGUUGUUAUUGCAGUUAAAAGAUGGCUUGCCUGAAGAAAUGGAGGUUUUAUAUGUCGGUUCUUUGCGGGCAGAUAUUGAUUUGAGUGAACAAGAGGAUGUCUCACAGAUCUUGUUGGACAGGUUCAAGUGUGUACCAGCAUUUCUGCCUCCUGAUAUUUUGUCCAAGUUUUAUCAUGGGUUUUGUAAACAGUAUUUGUGGCCACUUUUUCAUUACAUGCUUCCUAUUUCGGGUAAUCAUGGUGGGCGAUUUGAUCGGUCUUUGUGGGAGGCAUAUGUGGCAGCAAAUAAGAUCUUCUCGCAAAGGGUGAUUGAAGUUAUAAAUCCAGAGGAUGACUAUGUUUGGAUUCAUGACUAUCAUUUGAUGGUGCUGCCUACAUUCUUGAGGAGAAGGUUCAAUAGAUUGAGAAUGGGAUUCUUUCUUCACAGUCCAUUUCCUUCAUCUGAGAUAUAUAGGACUUUGCCUGUUAGGGAAGAGAUCCUUAAGGCACUGUUGAAUUCGGACCUCAUUGGUUUUCACACUUUUGAUUAUGCCCGACAUUUUCUAUCUUGUUGCAGUCGGAUGUUGGGGUUGGAGUAUCAGUCAAAGAGGGGUUACAUUGGGUUAGAGUAUUAUGGCAGGACUGUUGGAAUAAAGAUCAUGCCAGUUGGGAUACAUAUGGGGCAGAUUCAGUCUGUCUUGAAACUUGCGGAUAAGGAUUGGAGGGUAGAAGAGCUCAAACAACAGUUUGAAGGAAAGACGGUUUUACUUGGGGUUGAUGAUAUGGACAUCUUUAAAGGUGUUAAUUUGAAGCUUUUGGCAAUGGAGCAGCUGCUGAAACAGCACCCAAAGUGGCAACGAAGGGCUGUUUUGGUGCAGAUAACUAAUCCUGCCAGGGGACGAGGGAGAGAUCUUGAGGAAGUGCAAGCUGAAAUACAGGAAAGCUGCAGGAGAAUUAAUGAGACUUUUGGUCGACCUGGCUAUGAACCAGUUGUCUUUAUUGAUCGACCAGUAUCUCUCAGUGAAAGAUCUGCAUAUUUCACCAUUGCUGAGUGUGUUGUUGUGGCAGCUGUGAGAGAUGGGAUGAAUCUCACUCCUUAUGAGUAUAUUGUGUGCAGACAGGGAGUUUCUGGGUCAGAGUCUAGCUCAGGAUCAAGUGGCCCCAAGAAGAGCAUGCUGGUUGUAUCAGAGUUCAUUGGAUGUUCCCCUUCACUCAGUGGUGCAAUUCGAGUCAAUCCAUGGAACAUUGAAGCAACCGCAGAAGCAAUGAAUGAGGCAAUUUCAAUGGCAGAUUCCGAGAAACAAUUGCGCCAUGAAAAGCACUACAGGUAUGUCAGCACGCAUGAUGUGGCAUAUUGGUCAAGGAGUUUCUAUCAAGAUAUGGAGCGGACUUGCAAAGACCAUUUCAGAAGGCGCUGCUGGGGAAUUGGCUUGAGCUUUGGUUUCAGAGUUGUGGCGCUUGAUCCUAAUUUCAAAAAAUUAAAUAUAGAUCAAAUUGAAUCUGCAUAUAUAAAGUCCAAAAACAGAGCUAUACUCUUGGACUAUGAUGGAACUGUAAUGCCUCAAACCACCAUCAAUAAGACCCCAAACCAAGAGGUCAUUUCAAUCAUAAAUACUCUUUGUAGUGAUGUCAAGAACACCGUCUUUGUUGUCAGUGGAAGGGGAAGGGAUAGUUUAGGGAAGUGGUUUGCUCAUUGCAAGAAACUUGGAAUUGCUGCUGAGCAUGGGUACUUCAUGAGGUGGUCUGUGGAUGAGGACUGGGAGAACUGCGGGCAGAGUAGUGAUUUUGGAUGGACUCAAAUAGCUGAACCUGUUAUGAAUCUGUACACAGAAGCCACUGAUGGAUCUUCCAUCGAGACGAAAGAGAGCGCUUUGGUUUGGCACCACAGAGAUGCAGAUCCAGGUUUUGGAGCUGCUCAGGCCAAGGAAUUGUUGGACCAUCUUGAGAGCGUGCUUGCAAAUGAGCCUGUUGCAGUCAAAAGUGGUCAAUGCAUUGUGGAAGUUAAGCCCCAGGGAAUUAGUAAAGGUUCUGUGGCAGAAAAGAUCUUUACAUCAAUGGCUGAAAGUGGAAGACAGGCUGAUUUUGUAUUGUGUAUUGGGGAUGACAGAUCAGAUGAGGAUAUGUUUGAAAGCAUUGAUAAUGCAAUAGCGAACGGUAUCCUAACCUCAAGCAAAUCUGUCUUCGCUUGCACUGUUGGUCAGAAACCAAGCAAAGCCAAGUAUUAUUUGGAUGACACAACUGAUGUCAUAAACAUGCUCGAAGCUCUUGCAGAAGCUUCCGACCCUUCACCCUCUGCAGGAAGCUCCCCCUGAAAUUUUUAAGAGGAUCAAGAAAGAAUACCAUAUUUGCCUGUGAUAGAGAGUAGCGAUCAUUUUCUGCUUUUUUUGGAAGUGGCUUGUUGGAAGAUACAUUUACAGCCUUCUUGAUCAUUUUAUGGCCUGUUGAGAAAUGUCUUAGCGCUUGAAUUUUGUCUUGUGACAUAAUCGAUGAAGACAACAGUUCAGGGAGUGGGAUUUUACAUGGGAGAAUCCUAAAAAAUGGAAUUUUUUUUAAUCAGCUCAGAUAUGUAGGGUUUCAGAGGACCUAAUGCAUUUAUAGGAGGAGACUGACUUGGAAUUGAAAGAAAUAAAAUAUUCCAUUGCGAGCAUGUAAAGGCCAGCUGCGUAGGAUCCAAUACAUGAUUUAGGUGGUAUGCAUAUUCAACUGCAAUCUUGUCUGGGUAAUUCUGAUGGCGGGAAGUUGGUUUCCUGCCGUGACAUAAGAUGGUAUCAGAUGGUUUAAGUUGCCAUGUCAAGCAGAGACUAUACUGGUGCCAGUUUUUUCUUUUAAAUUUUUGAGUGAAUUUCUUAAAACAACUUUCACUUUAUUCCCAUGCUCGUCAAAUCUGUAAAUUUUAUAGUGAAAAUGGGAAUUUAGUUGAUUUUGCAUCCAUUUUAUUGUACAAUUACGUUGGUGCCAUGUUAACUGAACUGCUGGUUGAUUCUUUA